UAACCUGUAUUAAUGUGUAUUUCUUGUCAAAAAGAUCCAAAGAAAAAUGUCUCCGUAUUUUGCAAAAAUCCUUUUGAUACUCACUUUAGGCCUCAUUGGCUACUUCUUGAAGCUGUUGUUCCAAAGUAUUCAAACCGAUUUCGAGCAAGGCAGCUCUUCCACGAAGCCCAAUCCCGGGAAUGUGCGACAGCAUGGGGACUACUGGGUGUGGCAUAAUUAUAUACUGGCGGGCGAAAAUUUGGUUGCCAAUGAAAGUGUUACUCUUGCCACUCAUGCCACCUAUGUGGAUCUGCAGCUGUUGCCAACGUUGCUGAUCAGGUGGAAGGCGCCCAUUAGCCUCACGAUCUACGCCAACGACGACGAUCUGGAUAAGACCAUCAAGGGCUUGGCCUACAUCAAUACCUGCCUGCACUUGAGUGUCCUGAUGCGUCGCUUUGUCAGCAUACAUUUGGUGUGGCACCAGGAUCACAUGCCUCUGAAUUUUCGGCGUGGCAGCAUGGGGGUCACAGCGGAACCUCUUAUGUGUAAUAAGCCACCGAUUUAUCUAAAUGCGACUCAGGAGCUUACCUAUUGGUAUCGAAAGAAGCUUCAAUAUCCCAUGAAUCUUAUGCGGAAUGUGGCCCGUCUCAAUGUCCUAACGUAUUAUGUUUUAUCAAUGGAUAUUCAACUGCUACCGACAUAUGAUUUUCCUGUAAAGUUUUUGAAAUUCAUGUUAAUUCAUGAUGUCUGGCGCUAUGCAGACAUAUCACAGCCCUACACCACGGUCUUCUGUUUGCUGACAUUCCCUCAUGUGUUGGAGGCGCCUUUGGCGCAGAAUAAAUUUCAAUUGAUUAUGAUUUUAAGGGAUUUCAAUAUUAUCAGUCCCGUAUACGAUAAUAUCGAUGUGCAGAUGAAAUGGUUGAGCACUCAGACUGCCGGAGAAGAGCUCUACAUCUUUAGUCGUUCGAAAAAAAUGGACGCGUGCGUGGCCUAUGUGAGCAUCAAUGAAUUGGAACCCUUAUACGAUGAGGGCAAUAAAAUGGAAUCCAUUUAUGAACAUGGCGCUAAUUUAAAGGGCCAGGUAAUGAUUGACUUGGAUUACACUUUCAUUAUCCUGGAUGGUGCCUUUCUCAUACGGCGCACUUUUGACAGCUGGCAGAACUUGAAGCCCAAGGAUCAUAUAAGUGUAAGCCAAACCAUAUUCUCGAGAAUGUGGCAUAUCUGGCAUUUGUUCUACAGCCGAGUGAUAAAUUUAGUUCCCAAGGAUUUUGCACAGGUCUGGUACACUCGAUCGCGUACCUCGCGCUAUUUUCUGAUAUUCAAAUUUCGAAUGGAUUAAUGCUUAAAUAUAUUAUAGUUGUAAAUAACAAAAGAUCUUAUGUUCUC